GAGAAAAUUGAUAUACUAAUACGUACCUACCCACACCCACACCCUCAGUAGCGUAUUCUACUACUCGUCACUAGAACAUGCCUAAAAACGUGCGAUUUGAUUGCGACUUUAGUACGUAUAACAUUAAAAUGAAACUUGUUGGAGUUUGCUUGAAUCUUAGGUAGAUGAAUCAGAGAUAAUCGAAAGAAUUAAAUGAAGAAAAAUUGAUUUAUUUUAAAGGAAAAGAGAGGAAAUUUAAUUUUUUGAAAAUCUAAAUCUUUAAAAAAAUUCUGAAAAGAAAAUCUGUUUUGAAAAGAAAUUAAAGAGUCACUUUUAUCGUUUUUUUUAUUUUUCAAAAGAAUUUUAUUUGGAAUAGAAAACGAAUUUUCUCCUGAAAAAUAAAUUCAAUAUGAUUUAUUUUUCUUGGUAAAAAUCGAAUAUGUUCAAUUACUUUUCCUAUUGAAAUAAUAAAAAAUUAUUUUAUUUCAUAAAUCGUUUCAUUUUACUUCUCGUUUUUUGAUUAUUUUAAUACUGAUUUAAUAAGAAAAAGUCAAAAAUAAAAUAUAUUUUUUUAAUUAAAAUAUUUUAAGUCUUUAAUCGUUUAUUUUAUUUUAUACAAACUUUUCACUUCAAACUACUAUUAUUAUUGAUAAGUUUUCUAAAAAAUUCGUUUUUCGUUCAAAUUGUUAUUUAACAAAGAGUAAAUCAACAAAAUCUUUUCUAAUUUCUUUUUUUUUAAAUUAGAUCUUUGUCAAUUUGUUUCAGCAAUAAAUUGUUUUUCAACAAAAAUUCUUUCUAUUCAAAGUUUUCAUUCGAAAAAGUAGAAAUUUCAAAUUCUUUUUUCUUUUUAAAACAAAAUAUUUCCUCAUUUCAUUUUGAUAAAUUUUAUUCAAAAUAAUAAAAAAAAACACUGUUAUAAACGUUUCAUUCAAAAUUCAACUUUGACAAAAAAAUGAAUUCAAGGUUUCAUCGAAAAUUAAUCUUUUCUUUUUUCUUCGAUUAAAAACAGAUUUUCUUCAAUUUAUUAAAAUAUUUUGUUUUUAUCAUUUUCUAGAACCAAAAUACAAGAAAUGGGAACAAAAUGCUAUUACUGUAGCUGGUGGAAACGGAUAUGGACAAAAAUUACAUCGACUCAUUCGUCCUGAAGGAAUCUUUAUUGAUAAAAACAAAAAUAUUUUCAUUGCUGAUCGUUGGAAUCAUCGUAUUGUCGAAUGCAAAUAUAAUUCAAAAGAAGGACAAAUCAUUGCAGGUGGAAAUGGUGAAGGAAAUCGAAAGAAUCAGUUGAAUCACCCAACAGAUGUGAUUGUCGAGCAACAAAGUCAUUCGAUCAUUAUUGCUGACCAAGGGAACAGACGAGUGAUCCAAUGGAUGAAUCAAAAGCAACAAAUUCUCAUUGACAAUACUGACUGUUAUGGCUUAGCAAUGGAUAAAUACGGAUUUCUUUAUGUUUCUGAUUACGAGAAGCAUGAAGUGAGACGAUGGAAAAUGGGUGAAUACAACAACAAAGGAAUUAUAGUAGCAGGUGGAAAUGGAAAAGGAGAUCAACUCAAUCAACUCAAUCGUCCAGGUUUUAUCUUUGUCAAUGAAGAUCAAUCUGUUUAUGUAUCAGAUCAAGACAAUCAUCGUGUAAUGAAAUGGAGAAAAGGUGCAAAAGAAGGAAGCGUUGUAGCUGGUGGAAAUGGUGAAGGAAGAAAUCUCAAUCAAUUGUCUGUACCUCAAGAAAUAAUUGUUGAUCAUUUUGGUCAAAUCUACGUGGCAGAUUGUUGGAAUAAUCGAGUAAUGCGUUGGUAUGAAGGAAAAAAAGUCGAAAUUCUUGUUGGUGGAAAUGGUCAAGGACAUUUAUCAAAUCAAUUGAAUUGUCCCCGUGGUUUAUCUUCUGAUGAUGAAGGAAACCUUUAUGUUGUUGAUAAUUCAAAUCAUCGAAUUGAAAAAUUUUUAACCAUUUUGUGA